AGGCACUUUGCAUCUGUCACUUUCGUAGCAAUCCGCGAAGUGGCUGCCGUGACGAUUGGUCUACUCUGCGGUGCCAUCAUCGGUUAGUAUGGCUGACGACAAGGGCAUCGUCGACAGCGUUGUAACCCGCCUUCUCGAAGUUCGAGGCUCGCGGCCGGGCAAGAGUGUGCAGCUGACGGAGGGUGAGAUUCGCACGUUGUGUUUGAGGUCUCGUGAGAUAUUCCUCAGUCAGCCAAUUCUUCUCGAGUUGGAGGCACCACUCAAGAUUUGCGGAGACGUCCAUGGUCAAUACUACGACCUGCUGAGAUUGUUUGAGUACGGGGGCUUUCCGCCGGAAUCUAACUACUUGUUUUUGGGAGACUACGUAGAUAGGGGCAAACAGUCGUUGGAGACUAUUUGUCUCUUGUUGGCGUACAAAAUCAAGUUUCCGGAGAAUUUCUUCUUGCUGAGAGGCAAUCACGAAUGUGCGAGCAUAAAUAGGAUCUAUGGAUUCUAUGACGAAUGCAAGAGGCGUUAUAACAUCAAGCUGUGGAAGACGUUUACGGAUUGUUUCAAUUGUCUUCCCGUUGCUGCCAUUCUCGACGAGAAGAUAUUCUGUUGUCAUGGUGGUCUCUCGCCCGAUCUGCAGUCAAUGGAGCAGAUCAGGAGGAUAAUGCGUCCUACAGACGUUCCUGAUCAAGGGUUACUGUGUGACCUUCUCUGGUCCGACCCUGACAAGGAAAUCUCUGGCUGGGGAGAAAACGAUCGAGGUGUAUCAUUUACUUUUGGACCGGAAAUUGUUGCCAAAUUUUUACUGAAGAAUGAUUUUGAUCUAAUCUGUCGCGCCCACCAGGUUGUUGAAGAUGGGUACGAGUUUUUUGCAAAGAGACAGCUGGUCACUCUGUUCUCUGCACCUAACUACUGCGGAGAGUUUGACAAUGCAGGUGCAAUGAUGAGCGUAGAUGAAACUCUCAUGUGCUCUUUUCAGAUUUUAAAGCCGUCCGAUAAGAAGCGACUUGGAUUCGGUGCUGGAAGGCCGCAGACGCCGCCACGUGCCGGAAACAAAGGAACGGGUUCUUUAAAGAAGAAAUGACAAUUGUAAUGCUGGGAGUCAUUGUAUCACUAGGUGUAGACAAGGUAAUGGAAUACUAUAGUAGCAGUUUCUGUUGGAGCAUUCUGUUCGUGUAUGUGCAUUAGUGCAUUAGUACUAUAGCGUAGGUGUGCAUCCACUGUACACUAGUAUAUAGCAACUUGCGAAUUUGUUGGCUACAUGUGACAUUGUAUGAUAUACGAUAAUGGGUGCAUUAUGUAUGUAUGGUGGUACACCAUUAAUUAAGCAUUUUAUGAAGUGUCUUUUCA